UUUUCUGUCCAUCAGCUGGGGGCGGCGUGGGGGAGACGCUGGGACUCUGAAGGGGGUUUUCUCCUCCGUCUCCGCGUCCACCGCCCGGCUUUCCUCUGCUCUCCCGCUGAACGCAGACCGACCGUCAUGGGUUUCCAGGGCCUCGGUUCAGCGGCUCUCCUGGCCUGUCUCAUCGCCCUCUUCGGCCUUUGCACCGCCCGCUCGGACGCGCCCCGGGGCGUCGCGGUUCCGUUCGUUUUCGACCCCAACGCGAAGUGCGACCCGCCGUGCAAACACGCAGGGAUCUGCAUCCGAAACAACACAUGCUUCUGCGCCCGGGGCUACGAGGGAGAGACCUGCCAGUAUGCCAACUGUUACCCCAAAUGUAAGAACGGAGGAGAGUGUCUUCGCCCAGGGAAGUGCAGAUGUCCGCCUGGAUUUGGAGGAAGAUACUGUCACAAAGUGACCUGUGAUGGUGGAUGCUGGAACGGAGGGGAAUGCAUCGCCGUCAACGGAGUGGCCAAGUGCAUCUGCCCCUCGAGCUGGAGUGGCUCCAAAUGCCAAGAGGCGAUCUGUCCCCAAGGCUGCAGGAACGGGGGAAGCUGUGUGGCUCCAGGAAUCUGCAGCUGUCCGGAGGGAUGGCUGGGGGGCGCCUGCCACACCGCUGUUUGCAGUCACCCCUGCCUGAACGGAGGAAAGUGUAUUUCUCCGCAGAAAUGCCGCUGUCGCCCUCCUUACUUCGGCCCCCGCUGUGAAGAGAGGAGGAAGUCCCACUAGUGUGACCUUGGCGGGGUCAAAGGUCACUGAGGCCAAAUCAGUGACCUUGUUCAUUUGGACUGUUACUACAAUCUG